CCAGACCAGUCACACUCGCUCACGUCCGUCGGCCAAGUCUCAUCAUUACAUUUAUUUAGCUAGAUUUGUUUCGGUGUACACAAAUAUUUAGCACUGUGAUUACCAAGUGGCUUGUAUACAUGUGGUGCGAUUUAUUACCCAAAUUGAACACUGGUCACAAUUAGUAACGCUAAAUUGGAUAAUGAGACGACCCGAUAAUAAAUACAUUUAACUUCGUAGUACCUCGCCAAACCAGAAUUAAUUAAUUAAAUAUAUCUAUUGUCCAGUCUAUUUUUCAGUUAAGGUUGUACCAGUGAAGGUUAGCAGGGUUGCGUGAAUUAUGGUGGGCUAGCCAGUCCAAAAAGCAAAUUAAUGGUGCUAUUUAAUUGGGUAUCUAGAAAUACAAGUAGAGCUACAAAUUAGAUUUGAUCAAAUUAUACAAUAAGUAGUGCUAUACUUGACCUGGAUCUAACAUAAUUGAUACUUUGGUGCCGUAUAUGUGCUAUUGCUGGUGAGAUAAAUAGCCUGAUUUGGUUUGACAUCCCUCCAGUCUGCGGGUGACAAUGGUACGAGAAAAAUAAAAACAUUUUAUCGCUCGACGGAGAAAGUGGAGCAUAAAUUUCUGCACUUGAACCACCACCAGCAGCAGUACACACAGUUUGUUGAGACCAUAUACCUCACAGUCGGAAUAGAAUAAUACAAAUGGUGAAUUUGUCCGAGUAGAGAAAUGAGCAUGAAAUGAGAUCAAGUACAAAGAAAGAGUUUUUGUGGUGAAAGUGAACAAUGGGAAAAUCUAGGUUUUUAGGUGGCUGACGUUUCACCCAUAAGUUCCGUCCUGGGAAAGUGAAAGUCGACCAUAAACAUGGAUUGAAAUAAUAAUAUUUGUGGGGAAAACAUAUUUUUGUAAAAUUUCGAAACAAAUAAAAUAGUUCGAGAUGAGCGAGUGUGUCAAAGUGGUGGUGAGAUGUCGGCCGAUGAACAAUCGGGAGAAGGAUCUUCACUCCAAGAGCGUCGUCUACAUGGACUCGUCCCUGUGUCAGUGCAGCAUUGUAAAUCCAGGCGAUGCUUCCGCACCACCAAAAACGUUCUCUUUUGACGGCGUUUACUUCACGGAGUCGACCACAGAAGCGCUGUACAACGACGUGGCGUAUCCGCUCGUGGAGGGCGUCCUGGAGGGUUACAACAGCACGGUGUUCGCCUAUGGUCAGACGGGAUGUGGGAAAUCGUACACGAUGCAAGGCGUUGUCAAACCCCCGUCGCAGAAGGGAAUCAUCCCACGCGCUUUCGAACACAUCUUCGAAGCGAUUGAAACUUCGGACGACUCGAAAUUCCUCGUGCACGCGUCGUACCUCGAAAUCUACAACGAAGAGAUCCGUGACCUGCUGGGGAAGGACUGCAAGAAGAAAUUAGACCUAAAAGAACACCCAGACAGAGGGGUCUACAUUCAAGAAUUGAGUCAGCACGCUGUUCACAACGUGGAAGAAUGCGAACAAAUGAUGGACAAAGGGUGGCGAAACCGUGCGACGGGGGCAACCUUAAUGAAUGCCGACAGUUCCAGAUCUCACUCAAUUUUCACAAUAAAUGUCGAAAUGCUGGACGGAUCGCAACACAUUCGGAGGGGAAAGCUCAACCUAGUCGAUCUUGCCGGGUCAGAGAGACAAACCAAAACGGGCGCAACUGGUGACCGAUUAAAGGAAGCGACCAAAAUUAAUUUAAGUUUGUCCGCACUGGGAAACGUUAUUUCCGCCUUGGUCGAUGGGAAAUCGAAGCACAUUCCGUACCGGGACUCAAAAUUGACCAGACUUCUUCAAGACUCGCUCGGCGGAAACACGAAGACGCUCAUGGUCGCCUGCGUCUCCCCCGCGGAUAACAACUACGACGAGACCUUGUCCACUUUACGGUACGCGAAUCGAGCCAAGAACAUAAAGAACAAACCAAGAAUAAAUCAGGAUCCGAAGGACGCUCUGCUUUCUCAGUAUCAGGACGAGAUUCGUCAGCUCAAGGAACUCCUCGAAAAUGGGGGUGGGGCAGGAGCUGGACAAUUACAAGCCAACCUUAUUCCGCUCGAUUCUGUGGAAGCCGAGAAGGAAAAAAUUCGCCAAGAGUACGAAAGUCAGUUGCACCAGUUGAGACUGAGUUACGAGUCGGAAAAACAGGGAAAGGCCAGGCUGCAGGCGGACGUGCAAAGUUUGAAGGACCAGUACGAGAAGGAGCUGAAGGAGAAGGGCAGCAGUGGGGCUGGGGCUGGAGAAAGCAAGGGAAAGCUUGCGCCACAUCAAAUUCCGAUCAGAAGAAAUUCAACCAUUGCUCCCGACGUGAAUCUUACGCCGCAACAGCAUGAAGCGUUUGCAAGACUUCAAGAAAUCGAGACCAACAUGGUUGGAGGGGAGAAAGCGGAUGAUCUCGAAUUGCUGGAAAAACGCCAAAAAAAGAAGAAAGCAGCAGAAAAGAGGUCCAAAGUGCUGGCUGAAACGUUAAAUAGGAAUGACGAAGAUGACGCCUUGCUCAUCAAAGCGUAUGACAAUAUUCAAGAAGAACUUCGGGCUAAGACGGACGCGUUGAAGAAAUCAAAGCAAAAGAUUCGAGCCCUUGAACGUGAGGUUUCCGACUUGUACUCAGAAUUUCAAAGCGAUCGUACCGAUUAUUUGGAAACGAUACGCCGUCAAGACCAACAACUUAAACUGUUGCAGGCAAUUUUGGACAAGAUACAUCCCACGGUUCGGAGGGAUUGCAAUUAUGUAAAUAUUGACAACAUAAAAUCCGAAGCUGUAUGGGACGAUUGUACUCAACGAUGGAAACUGCCGGAGCUCCUCAUCGUAAAGACAAAGCUACCCCCGGCUCUCACCAACGGAACAAUUAAUGGAAAUCAUAACCAUUAUCACACCAAAUCAGACGGGGGAAGUGGGACCGGAAGUCAUCUUCAACAAAAUCUCGCAAAUAACAUGAAUCGCGUCCCCUCAAAGACAGCUCCACCCAGUUUGUCAUUUGACAAUGAGGACGACGAGGAUGAAAAUCAUCACAGCGUUCUUCUAAAAAAAUUCGAAAAGUGUGACAAGGACGACUUCACCGAGAACUAUUUUAAACCAAAAAGAGCAAGUGAACUAAUUAUAAAAGCUCAACAGGACGCGAAUCGCGUCUCCAGUAAGUGGGCCGACAUCGCUCAUAAGCUCACUAUUAAUGGGAGCAAUGGGAACAAUAUUUUAUCCAGUUGGAAUAAUAAUUACAACAAUGGGAAGAAUGCCACGUCCAAUGGGGGAGCAAACCAUCAUUCUUGGGGGCCAUCACCCGUGCAGAAUGGGUGGGGUUCGGCAGGUUUAACCGGAUUUCUCUCCUCACCAGAAAUGAACUCUCUCCGCCGCCCCACAAAAUUAGAAGCACUUCCACUCGAAGCGACACAAAAAGGGUUUCGAAAACUGAAAACGGGCGCAGGUGGACAGGCAGAAUUCGCUCAAGGAUAGAUACAUUUAUAAUUAAUAUGCAAAUUAAAAUUUUUAUAAUUUUCGGAUAAUUAAUUUGCAAAGGAAAAUCAGAUAAUCGAUUCAGUAUUAAAAACUUGAUGAAUACCAAAAUGCAACUAUGCGUACAAAAUUUUCAGCCCACCAACUCAUUAUAUGUAAAAUUAAUAAAAGUAGUGCAACUAAUUAAUGUACUAAAAUAGAUAUUUAUGAAUUGGGGAAUAUGUACUAUUAAAUAAUUAUCUAGUUAUUUUACCUUAUUGACUAUGAAUUUUGUCUUAAUUUUAUGCAAACAUUAGUGAUAUGGUACCUGAACUAGAGAGACAACGACGAUAGGGAAUAAUGAUCACUUUACCUUUGUCAAUAAACUUUAAUUAAAUUUAAUAAAUAAAAAAUAUUAUAUGCAAUGCAAAUAAAAACAUGCGACAUUUGAACAUAAUUAA